AUGCCUGCAAUCCACCAGUUGGCCCAGGCUGCCCAAAACAGUCCCCUCCGAUUCCUGGCAACACGAAACGGCAGCAAGGACGGCGACGGCGACGACGACAACAGCGGUCUGUCGGGAGUCGCCAUAGCUGCCAUCAUUGUCUGUGUGGUUGUCUUCAUCACCGUUCUCGGGUGUUGCUACUGCUGCUGCUGCAGGCGGCGCAGACGCAAGGGAAACAGCAGCAGCAGCAGCGACAGCGACGACGACAAAGACGAAGGCUCCGGCGGCGGCGGCGGCAACAAGUUCGUCUACGACCCGACGAAGUACAUCAAGAAGGCCAUCAAAAAAGCUUUGAAGAAGAUCAAGAAGAUGGUGUCGAAGAAGAACAAGAAGAACAAGGAAAAGAAGGCCGCCGGCACCGCCGUCCACCUCGAACAGACCGGCCCUUACGGCCAGGGCACCCAUCCCGGAUACGGCCAGAACGAGUGCGAGAUGGGGUACAACGGGGGAUACGACAGACUCGACGGGGAGAACGAAGAGCGGGUGGCGUUGGCGUCGUCACCUUACGGAGCGAGGAACGAGCACUAG